AUGGGCGAAGUUAAAGUCGACUUCCCCGCUGGAAAACGAUUCGAUAUCAUACUAGAGCGGCCGUGGUUGAAGGAAGUCAAUCCCGUGAUCAACUGGCGAACUGCCACCUGGACCCAUCGGCACGAGUACAACGCAGAGGCGAUAAAGGAAGUCAGCCUAAAGAAGAUCCUACGACUAGGCAAGACUCAAGGGAUCGGAAUGAUCAGAGUCGCUACAGUAACCAAGCUACCUGAUAGCCCAAAGCAAGUUACAGAAGAACUCCUAGCCUACCUACGGGACUAUACCGAUGUAGCAGACGAGACCGAGGCCGCGAAACUACCGAUAUCCGCACGCGUCGAGUAUACUAUCACUAUCGAAGAAGGGAAAGAUAUCCCGUACGGACCAAUUUACCCUCUCAGCGCAGAAGAACUCAAAGUGCUACGCGAGUAUAUUAAGAAAUUCCUGGCUAGGGGAUGGAUCCGGAAGACGACUUUCCAGGCCUAUAUUAACGAGGCCCUGGACGGCCUACUCGACGAGAUAUGUGUGGCAUAUCUAGACGAUAUCCUUAUCUACAGUAAAACCGUCGAAGAGCAUGCGGAACACAUCGCAGCUGGAAUAUCAGAUCUACUAGUCGGGAUAGUCAAGGGGAAAAAGACAGGCCCUUUUAUCUGGACUCCACGAGUAGAGGAGGCGUUUCGCCUACUAAAAGUAUGCUUUACUCCGGAUGUCCUCCUCGUCUACUACGAUCCGGAACGGGUAGGACGUGUCGAGACUGACGCGUCCGGACGCGCUAUUGGAGGCGUCUACUCCCAGGCCUAUUCAGGUAAUGGCGGACGAAUCGUGUGGAGACCCGUUGCGUUCUACUCGCGCAAGAUGAACAAAGCGGAAUUGAACUACGGGGGACCGGAUCAAGAGAUGCUCGCAAUUGUCACAGCAUUCAAGGAAUGGCGGUACUAUCUUGAAUCGGUAGCGACUCCCACCUAA